AUGUCCGGCCUCGAAGGGCUGAGCCUCGCCUGCAAUGUCAUGCAGCUUAUCGACUUCAGUCAGCAGACCGUCUCCAUGUGCCGCAGCAUAUACGAGAGCGGUAAAUUCGAACCUGGACUCGAAGCACAGGCGAGCUCUUUGCAAGAUGCCUCGUCAGAGGUAGUAGCCCUACUUCGGAGCAAGACCGUCGCCGCAUUAAAGACCACCGGAGCAGAACGACGUCUGUUUGAUGUUGCACCCAAAUGUAUUCAGCACGCGAAGGAUCUCCAGGAAGAGAUUGCCUAUCUCACACCUCAUCAGCCGGGUAAAAUUCAAGCUUUGGUUGCAACCUCAAAGGCCGUCUGGAGAAAGCGCCGUCUAGAACGGCUCAAGGCCAACCUCGCCGACGGGCAGAAGCUCAUGGAGACCCUGAUCCUGGUCAGAAUAUUUGCAAGAGUGGAAAAGGUGUGCGAGGACGAUCCGGCCUUCUUGGGGCGUAUGGAUCAUCGCCUUACAGCUUUCAUUUCGAGAUACUCCGAGGACCACGCUGCCCUUCGGGGGAUCGUGCGGGACGAAUCUGAGGAUAUUCGAGGUCAUGUCACCUUAGAAGCCUCCAAAACCCGGGAUUCUGUUUCACUACAUGUCACAGCCAGGCUCAAUGCCUCGGAAAGAUCGAUCAAGCAAAUGGUAUCAACAUCAACCGCCACCAUCCAGGAUAAUCUGGUUCGGAAACUGGAGACGAUCAACAUAGCCGCAAGCAGCGAACAAGAUCACCAUCGCCUACCUCAGAGUUUGAAGUAUACCGAUAUGAAUGAACGGAAGAACAGCGUUAGGACAGCACAUUCGCAGACAUUCGAGUGGAUAUUGAAAGAUAAUCCUCGGCGAAUCGACAAGUACUCUGUUGCAGGAAGCCAAUCAGAUGUGGUCGAGAUCGCAGACGUCGACCAGAACAUCAGAGAUAAGGUCAAGGAUACUGGCAGUGAUGAAGUCACCAUUUUGGGCUCUGAGAAUGGCUCCCAAUCGGACGUUGAGGGGAAAGAUAGGGGCAGUGAAUCCUCUUUUCAUGCCUGCACCCAGGUCCCUCUGUGGGAUAACUUCGUUGAAUGGCUUCGGGGAAAUGACCGCAACUUGUACUGGGUCAGUGGCAAGCCUGGUUCCGGCAAAAGCACCUUGAUGAAGUUCAUCGAAACGAGCGAAGACACUCUUAAAAUCAUUGGCAGAAGAGCAUUCAAACCCCCGGCUUCUAUCCCACUUCGUAUGGAAGCCAGGAAGACCUAUGCAAAGAAGCCUCAAGGGCGUUGUGUGCUCUCUGCUUUAUCAAGUAUCCGAAUCGGACAGGCAGUCCUGCAUCGAAUUGCUAGCCAGAUUCCCGCGGCUGCGCUACAAAGACUCCGAUACCGAUUGGACGAAUGA